GAUAUGUAUCUCCAAGCAGUUAUUUUGGGACCGGGAGAUUGAGAUAUAUCUAGAUACAAGGAUGUCCAUCCCCACUAUAGUUGCUGGUGUACGUGUUGAUUUCCGUGAUGUGAAUGGAUGGACUGCACUUCACUGGGCAGCAUUUUGUGGCAGAAAGCACACGGUGGCUUCCCUCAUUUCGUUAGGUGCAGCUACUAGAGCAUUAACACAUCCAUCACCUAAAUAUCCCUCAGGCAGAACUCCUGCUGUUCUGGCGUCUGUUAAUGGACAUAAAGGAAUUGCUGAAUCCCUUGCACAUUGCUGGUUGGAUAUCCACAUUUCAUGCAUUAAUUUGGACCACCAAGAGGACCUUGCAGGACCAAAAGCAGUACAGAAAAUUUCAGAAAUAAGUGCAGCACCACUUAGCUUAGUGAAUGCAUCAGAUUGCCAGUCGCAAAAGGACUUACCAGCCAAUAGUCCUUGUUUUCUUGAAUUUUGUUUGGAGUUCCUGAAGUUAUUUAAGAAAAUUCCAACCGCUGGGAAACCCAUGUUUCUCGAGUCUGCAGUUAGGUUUUUCCUUCGAGCCGAAAAUCUGAGUGAUGAAGAGGAAGAGGAGAAAGAAGAGGACAAGGGGCCGGAGGACGAGCGACCGGAGAAGGAUGAGGGACCGGAGAAGGACGAGGGACGGAAGAACGAGAAAAAAGAGGGAAAGAAACGAGCACCAGACUCUGCUUUGGAGAGUGGAAAGUCAAACAAGAUUUUGAAGGCAUAUUUAGCGUACAUGGCUCUGUUGACCGCAUAUUACAAUGUUCAAAGCAUGGUGACAAUCCAAAUGCUUGUGUUGGUAUUUGUUGAGGCUUCUAAAAACACUGGAGAAAGAAAGCUUUCUUAUAUUGAUGAUGGAUUUGAACCGUCAGCGAUUCGCGAGUAGGCGAGGAAACAACGGCGGAAUUAAGUGUGUUUCCGUAUAUGUUGGUUUUACCUCCAUUCGAUCUAUCUGAGCAGGUGUGAUGUUGAUGUAAGAGUCAGGACGACGGAGUGGGCUUUGGAAGGAAUUUUAGCCAUGAAUUUAGGGUUUACUUUGUGGUUAAAGGGUGUUUACACCUAAAAAUAAACCAAUGAGAGAAGAUCACAUGUCAAGUUGAAGUCUAAUUAUCAAGAAAAUUAAGUUAACAGG